CGCAGGAGGUGGGGCGCUGGGCGGCCCAAGAGAUGGGCUGCCCGGCCGCCCUGCUGCCCCCCGAGCCUGCGCUGCGCAGAAUGUGUAUGGGCCCCAUGGCUGAUGUCUGGACCUUUCUGACGAAGAAGAUCCAUAACCAGAGGACGGUAAAGAAGAUUCGUGGGAACCUUUUGUGGUACAGCCACCAGGAAAGCCCAGAGGCUGGCCGGAGGCGGGAGCUGGAGGCAGCACUGACCAGGGUACAGGCAGAGAUUGGAGAAAUGGACCUGAGCCUGGAGCUGGCUGAGCGAGAGGCCGUAGCCCAGGACAUGGCCCAGGAGCUCACCCUGAAGCAGAUCCGGGAUGCCCAGGGCAAGGCUUUGCUCCUCCAGGCGCGAGCAGCAGCUGCCCGACGGCAGCACCGAGGCCUCAGAGACCGCACCCAGCGGCUCCAAGGCCAGCUCAGCCACCUGCAGGACAUGGAAAGGAAAGCAAAAGCAAGCGUGGCCUUUGGGCCUCCAGCACCCGUGCUCUUGGGCCUGGAGCCAGAUGUCCUGCAAGAGGUCAUGCGGGUCUGCAGCCAGCGCACCCAGUUCCUCCAGGCUUUGCUGACCCCUCAUUCCGAUCCGAGGACUUUGACCACCCAGGACGACCUGUUUGCCACCACCCACAGGCAGUGGUUCAGUGAAAUGGAGGUCCUGAUGGCUUCCCACCCCCCCGCGCACAUCCUGGGGGCACUGGAGCACCUGGCUGCGAGGCAGACGGCCGAGCUGCAGAUGCUGACUGCUCGGUGGGACGGCGAGACACAGAGGCUACAACAGGAAGAUGCAUCUGAGCCCCCAGUCCUGCCUUCCCUGGUCUCCCUUAUCCAGGAGGGUUGGCGGGCAAUAGGGGUGCUGACCUCGAAGAGAGGCCCUCUCCUGCAGCAAGGUCAAGCACUGGCUGAGAGACUCCAGGGCCUAAUGAAGGAAGUGGCACAGAGAGUGACAGGGCCCCAGGAGGCUCGCCAAGCCUUAUCCCUGGGGCUGCAGGUGGUUGCGCUCCAGGCCACCCGUAGCUCUCUGCGAGCUCAGUGCCGGAGCCUGAAGGAGGAGGCCGAGCGGAGGCAGCAGGAGCUUUGGGAGCUCCAGGCCAAACGGCAGCGCAUCGUGAGCUGGCGGCAGCGAGUGGAGGAGACCCAGGAACGGAUCCGGGUGCUGAUCAAGGGGAAUUCUGUCAGCAAGAGUCACCUUCAGAAGAGCCCAGGAGAGGUGAGAGGCUGCAGUCCCAGAGCAGAGGGAUCCUGA